UGGGUGAUCCCCACUUCCGGCGAAAGAGGAGAAGUGUCUCACACGAUUACUCUGGCCAGGCCCGUCGUUACUCGCCCGUAGGUCGCUGACGGGGUUUCGGUAAUAGCCAUGACUGUGUAAUCGCCAACAGGCCGGACAGUUAACUUUCUAAGAAAGUCAGUGACGUCGCCGUCGACGCCGUUUUGUGUGUACGCACUAUCUUCACAGCCACCGGUUUUAACGUUACUUCGCAACUGCCAGCUAGUUAGCGAGCUAGCUAAAGACGCAGCUAGCUAUUCGCCAGCCAAGCACCUCUAAAUUAGAUCUUGGUGUCUAUUUCAAGAUGUCAACGGCGGGGUUUAACUCCCAGAACGGAACGGGGUCGGGUCAAGUGUAUGCUAAUGGUCCGUCACAGAAUCCACCUGCCCUGCAGCAGCUACCAGGGGUCGGCUAUGGCAUGACUCACCAACAGACUUACAAUCCAAUGCAGGCCAAAGUUCCUGCACCCCCUGGCCCUGGACUCUACCCCUUUGGGGCACAUCAGCCUGUAGCCCCAGUCAGUUCCUACCAGACUGGCCAAACACUCUCUUCCUAUACAGCUCCCCCCAGCCAGUCGCUGCUGACCAGGCCUCCAUUGGGAACUCCUCCAUCCCAUACGCCUCCUCAGUCUGCGAGCCCGAGUCCUGGGCCGAGGCUGCCCCCUGCCCAGGGCACACCGCCACCUCCUCCUGUGUCUUCAAAUAGUUACUACCCGAACCCGCAGCAGCAGCAGCAGCAGCAGCAGCAGCAGCAGCAGCAGCAGCAGCAGCAGCCGCAGCCGCAGCAGCCGCCGCCACCACCUAUGGCCCAACCAUGGCAGUACAACACAGCUCCGCCACCAGUGGGGCCACCCACUUCCAUGACUGCUCCUCCACGUGGUCCUGUGGCGAAUCACGUGAACCCAGCUUCAAGCUUGACGGUGCCGCCACCACCGUCGUCAGCAGCUUACGUUUCUGCACCACCUGGCCAGCAGCUGCGUAGUGCUGCCCAGCCUUCAGUCCCAGGGAUGCCCCCCUCUUCUCUGCAUCCAUACGCCCAGCCAGGCUCUGCUCCUCCACCAGUGAAUCCCAUGGCUCCUCACUCAUACCAAACAGGCAUAGCUCCCUAUGUAGGAGCCCCCCCAGCCAUGAAACCCACACCACCUCCCACAGGGCUCCCAGUGGCCAGAGCCACGCCCCCUCCCCCCAAGGCCGAUGCUCAGUGCGGGGCGGCUCUCAACAGCGUUCAGUCCCCCACUGAGCCGGACUCUCAGGAAGGGGAUAUUGAAUGUCCAGGAGCUGUGGCUGGCAACGGCCCACCAGCAUCAAACAGCUAUAAUCAUGUUGACAACACAAUGGCUGUGCCGCCCCAGCCCGGACCACCCGGUCGCCACUUGGGGCAUUACCCGUCCCUCCCCCCUGGGUACCAGAACACCUCUGCUCCUCCGAAUGCCACUUCUACAGCGCACCCUGCCAUUCAAUCUGCCACACAGCCUUACACUCAUGCAGCUCAGCGAUACCAGCAGCCACCUGCAGGUCCAGGGCCAGCCCAGCUCAGUCCAUCUCUGGCAGCCAUGAGCCUCCAGUCUAGCACCCCAGAGGCGCUGAGAGUGGUCAACCUGCUGCAGGAGAGGAACCUGCUGCCAACAGGUCCCAUCUCUGCCCCAACACCCUGCCUGCCCCAGGACCUGCAAAAGAUCAACUGCAGCCCAGAAGUUUUCCGUUGUACUCUGACCAGCAUCCCUCAGAACCAGUCUCUGCUCAGUAAGGCCAAGAUGCCGCUGGGUCUGCUGCUCCACCCCUUCAAAGACCUCUCGCAACUUCCCGUGGUUACAUCCAGCACCAUCGUUAGAUGUCGGUCCUGCAGAACCUACAUCAACCCCUUUGUCUCGUUCCUGGACCAGAGGAGGUGGAAAUGCAACCUGUGCUACCGGGUCAAUGAUGUUCCAGAAGAGUUCAUGUACAACCCAGUCAGCAGAUCCUAUGGAGAGCCACACAAAAGACCAGAAGUCCAGAACGCUACCAUUGAAUUCAUUGCUCCUUCAGAAUACAUGUUGAGGCCACCGCAGCCUGCUGUUUACCUCUUUGUUCUGGAUGUAUCCCACAAUGCAUUGGAGACAGGCUACCUGAAUGUGUUCUGCCAGUCACUGCUGGACAACAUCAAUGCGCUUCCUGGAGACUCGCGGACAAAGGUGGGCUUCAUCACCUUCGACAGCACCAUCCACUUCUACAACCUCCAGGAGGGACUCUCGCAGCCGCAGAUGCUCAUUGUGUCUGACAUCGAAGAUAUCUUUUUACCAACACCAGACAGCCUUCUAGUAAACCUUAAUGAAUGCAAGGAGCUUGUGCAGGAUCUGCUGAAGAGUCUGCCAACUUUAUUUGAGAAGACCAUGGAGACUCAGUCUGCUUUGGGUCCAGCUCUGCAAGCAGCCUUCAAACUGCUGUCGCCCACCGGGGGGCGCAUGUCUGUGUUCCAGACUCAGCUACCCAACCUUGGUGUGGGGGCACUCCAGUCCAGAGAAGACCCCAACCAGCGGGCUUCUGCCAAGGACAUCCAGCACUUAUCGCCUGCAACAGACUUCUACAAGAAGCUGGCUUUGGACUGCUCUGGGCAGCAGGUGGCUGUCGACCUGUUCCUCCUCAGCGCUCGGUACUGUGACCUGGCUUCGCUUGGCUGUAUAUCCAGAUACUCAGCAGGGAGUGUUUACUACUACCCCUCCUACCACCACCAGCACAAUCCCGCUCAGGUGGAGCGUUUCCAGAAGGAUCUAAAGAGAUACUUAACCAGGAAGAUUGGCUUUGAAGCUGUCAUGAGAAUACGCUGCACCAAAGGUCUGUCUAUCCACACGUUCCACGGGAACUUCUUUGUGCGCUCCACAGAUCUGCUGUCCCUCCCAAAUGUGAAUCCAGAUGCUGGUUUUGCGGUUCAGAUGUCCAUUGAGGAAAACCUGGAUGACAUGCAGGUUGUCUCUUUUCAGGCCGCACUGCUUUACACAUCUAGCAAAGGAGAAAGGAGGAUUCGCGUCCACACCUUGUGCCUCCCAGUGGUUAAUUCUAUGUCGGAUAUCUUUGCUGGAGCUGAUGUUCAAGCCAUUGCUGGGCUUCUGGCCUGUAUGGCUGUGGACCGGUCAGUGUCUGCCAGUCUGAGUGACGCCAGAGAUGCGAUGACCAAUGCUGCCAUUGACUCCUUGAUGUCAUACAGACAAUCAGUGUUGACCAUCCAGCAGCCCGGGUUGCUGGCCCCAGCCUGCCUCAGACUAUUCCCUCUGUACAUCCUUGCUCUGCUCAAACAGAGAGCGUUCAGGACAGGCACCAGCACCAGGCUGGAUGACCGAGUGUUUGCCAUGUGUCAGCUGAAGUACCAACCGCUGGUGUACUCCAUGCUGAUGAUCCACCCUGCUCUGUACCGUGUCGACGAUCUGACCGAUGAGGGAGCUUUGAACAUCAAUGAGCGAACCAUCCCUCAGCCUAGAGUGCUACAGUUGUCUGUGGAGAAGCUCAGCAGGGAGGCAGCUUUCCUCAUGGAUGCUGGAACGGUGAUGUAUCUGUGGAUUGGAAGAAACUGCAACCCCAACUUCCUAACACAAGUCCUGGGGGUUCCCAGCUAUGCUGCCGUGCCUGAUAACCUGUAUUUGCUCCCAGAGCUGGAUACAGCCGAGUCGCAGAGAACCAGGGCCUUCAUUGGCUGGCUGAAGGAUCAGAGGCCAUUCUUCCCCUCUCUGCAUGUCAUCAGGGACGAGAGCCAGUUGAAGGCCAGCUUUAUGCAGAACAUGAUUGAGGACCGAACGGAGUCGGCCCUCUCGUACUACGAGUUCCUGCUCCAUCUCCAACAGCAAAUCUCCAAAUAAUCCUCGGUGGGACUGUGGAUACGUCAAAAUAGGACGUGCAUCUGUGUAUGUGUGCUUAUGUAUAUGCUGUGUGUGUGUGCAUGAGUGAAGCAGUAGGAGGAGGACUCAAGGAUGUCUCACGCCGCGUCUGGCUGUGGUUCACCACCUCACUGAGGAAAACCUGAGCUGAACCCGUGAAGCGGAUGGACAGUGACAAAAAAAGUAACUUCUGAAGCUUAUUUGGCACUUUUCACCCAGAUAAAAGCGUCUGAACGAAGAAAAGAAAAAGAAAUCCACGAUGAUGGCUAUGAUGAUGGAAUUAAUCAGUGUUUAUCCUUGUAGAGCAAAGCUGUCUAACUGAGGUAUUGUUCUGAUACAGUGUGCAGUGUGUUUGUUCACCUAGCACUGUUGUCUUUACUAAAAUCAAAAAGUGUGUAGGUGUGUGUAUGUCUGCUUAGGUUUGAGGAGGGUUCUUAUACCUGCGCUCAAAGACUGUUAUUGGGUUGUGUGUAAAGAUCACCUGAGCUCUAACAACACACCUGAAGGACAGACAUGCUUUUUUUAAUUAUUUCUGUCACUAUAAUUGUGUGUUGAGUCCAUAAACUCUGUUGUUAAAGGCAAAAACAUUAAAAGUGUUUAAAGGCAGCUGGACUUUGUUGUCACAGCCGCCUUAAACGUUUGGACCCGACAGGAAGUCAUUUUCGUUGGUCCGAUCUGUCCUUCAGAAACUUCAUCUUUUCUCUCUGGACUUUCAGAGCACCUCUGAUGAUGUUGCUGUUCUGUUUAUUUUUUUCCUAACUGUUUAAUUUAUGAGACUCCCAAUGUGAUUAAAUUCUAUAAUUGCCUUGUAUGGGAACUCACUUUUUAUUAUUAAACCUCUGUUUAAAUGCAGACUCUAUAUAAAGUAUUUUAAUAUAAUAGGAUAUGGGAAAUUCUUUAACACAAACAUAACAAAGCCAUUGUGAUCUUUUAAUGAUGCUUAUUAUUACUUGUAUAUUGAAAAGACUGCAUUAUACAAAGGUGAAGGAAAUGCUGAUGAUUUUACUAUAAACAUUAAGUUGAAAUGACUCUAAGAAAAUAAAAUGUUUGGGACUUUUUAAAUGUAGUCUGUGUUGAUGGGUGAACAGUGUUUAUAUAGUAAAAACAAUAUGGACCAAUGCAGUCAAUAAUAUAUGAAUUUAGUUUUUUUCAUGUGGUCUGAUUUCAUACAGUUUGUAAUCUAUGUAUCAUAUAAAACAUGUAUUAAGGAACAGACAAUGCUUUGACCUAAAAAUUGUCUUUCAUAAAAAAAACUGUUAAUAAUAAAAAAAUAGCCUCUC